CAUGUUCACGUGCAUGUGCUAGCUCGUCGUAAAGGUGAUUUUGGUGGCUGCUCAGACAAUGUGUACCAAUACCUAGCUACUCAUGACAAGGACGCGACGGUGCAACCUCGUUCUCAAGAAGAAAUGAGUGCUGAGGCGGCAUUGUACAGGGAAGCGAUGAAGAAUAUCUAA